UUGAUGGAGAUUUGAUUGAAAGACGAUUCAAAUGGAAGUGAGAACAUGCAGAAUAUUUAAUGAGAUGCAGCCUGAAUUAGAACCAACGAACAAGAGAAAAUUUGUACAAUUUCUGAAUAAUUUCAUCAUUUAUGAAUCCAAACGCAAAGCUGGAUGAACAUUGCCGAAGCUCAAAAAAAGAUGGUCCAUAGCGCAAGAUGGGUUUGGAUUACCUGCUUAACACUAACGAUAAUUCAUUCUCACACGUCAGCAGUUAGCUUGAAGAGAUCCCGUCAUCAUAGAGAUUCUUCGACAACUGAAUUUGUGGAUACUACACAUAUCACAUUGUUAGAAACAAAUCCCUGCCUCGUCCAUUACUGCAUGAAAGGCAGAGAGUGCGUGGUGACAAAAAAUGGUCAGGCGACCUGUCAAUGUGUACGUCAGUGCGCCAUGCAUCAGAGGGUGGUAUGCGGCUCGGACGGCCACAUCUACCCCAAUCACUGCGAGCUUCACAGGGCUGCUUGUCUAACCCGCUCGGCCAUCAGCAUCGAGAGGGGAGUCCAUUGUGUCAAGCACGGGAAAGGCUGGGGACCGACAGUGGACCACAGCAAUAUCUAUUUCAAUAAUUCACCGCUGUCAACGCUGCCGUCGCUCACGAACAGCAGCACCGGCGGCGGCUACGGAACCCCGGUCGGCGUUCCGGUGGACAACGUCACCGUUAAAACUGAGGCCACGACUUACCAAGCCACUACUACUCCUGUCACCGAUGACGCCAACUAUUCAGAGAAUGAGAUAGAGGACGAACCCAAUGACAAGGGAGAACUGUACUACGACAAAGAGGACUGCACCAUGCAAGAGUAUGAAAUAAUGAAAGACAACUUAUUGUUGUACAACCAUGCCAGGCUGAUGUCGCAGGAUAAUCACAGCAAAGAUUACUUGGUUUCCAUUAUGUUCUCCCAUUAUGAUAGGAAUAACAAUGGCAAUCUCGAGGCUACGGAAUUGAAUGAGAUAGCCGUACAAGAGCGUUUGGACAGCUUGAGCGGCGGCUGUUCUCUCUCCAACAUGAUCCAGUACGACGACACAGACAACGAUGGCAAACUGAGCAUCAACGAGUUCUACGUGGCGUUCAGCAAACUUUACAGUGUCUCCGUCGUCUCCCUGGACAAGGCACUCGAGACGAACCAUCUCACAGCCAGAGUGGGAGAUAAUGUCGAGAUCAAGUGCGACGUAACCGGAUCUCCGAUUCCCCCGAUAGUUUGGAGGAGGAAUCAGCUCGAUCUGUCGUCGAUCAACGAAGAGGACGUCAGAGUUUUCAGCGACGGCAGUUUGUAUCUGACCAGGAUCCAGCUGCAGCACGCCGGAAAUUACACUUGUCACGCCCAGAGGAACAAGGAUGUGGUCCAGACCCACGUGCUGACCGUGCAUACUGUUCCAGAAGUACAUGUCACUCCUAGAAUACAGUCGAAAAGGCCUGGGGAAGAAGCUACUAUGUUUUGCCAUGUUGCAGGAGAACCAUUCCCCAAGGUGGAAUGGUUAAAAAAUGAUGACUCGUUGAGGAUGGAGAACACAAAGAAGUAUCAGCUUGUUGGUAAUGGAACAGCAUUGAAAAUCGAGGAUAUUGGUUUUGCAGAUACUGGCGCCUACAUGUGCCAGGCUUCAAGUAUAGGUGGACUAACAAGGGACAUCAGCUCUCUGGUGGUGCAGGAGCAGCCAACUCCCACGUCCGACAAUGAGGAACGUAGAUUUUUCGCUUUCCACGAUUGGGGCGUAUCGAUCUACGAACCCACGGCUUGUAGGCUUUAUCACAGGAUCCAGUCGACGGAUAUUAUACCCGGCACACAGGAAUACGUUUGCGGCGAUAAGGGUGUAAAAUGCUCCUGGGGCCGGGCAAUAAAUGUUGCCAACAGAUACGUCUACGCUUCACAACCGGAGCAAGAUCGAGUGCUUAUUAUAUCCAAAGUACAGAUGGUGGUGGUGGAUGUCGUGAACACAGACAAGUACCCAGUGGAUCUGCACUACGUCCCGCAUCUGGACCAGGUGUGGGUUCUGAAUUGGAGAUCGUUGAAUAACUCCGGUAUCAAGACGAUUCAGGUUAUUCGAGAUGCUGGACAAAAGAGAAAACAUCACACAGUCCAUCCAGAACCUAUUGAUGGACAGUUCGAUCUGGUUACUGGAUUGUUCAUCCCUUCUCCUAAACAGGAGUUAUCCCAUUACAGCUUCAAAUAUGGCUACGUUACGCAUACCAAUCAGAGGGGACUCUACAAAUUGGAUUUGGUGAAUUUGCGAUACACCAGGUCUGUGGAUCUGACUCCAUAUAAUUGCGUGCCUCUACAUAUUCAGUUCUCCGCCCUGUAUGGUAUGGUUAUAAUGCAAUGCAUGGAACCUAUUACCAAGAGACCGACAGGUCAGUUAGUACUUGACUACUUGACCGACACAGUGGUGGAAACCAAAACAACACUUCUUGGAGUACCGUAUGUCUCACCAGAUUCCAGAAAACUAAUUACUGUUGGCAGAACUGCUGCAGGCACGACAAUAAUAGUGGAGGAAAUCACCCCUACUGGAUUGGUAUUCCUAUUCGAUGUGAAAACCACUCUAAAUAUAUCAGAUGUCGCCUUCUAUCCAAGUCAAACCACUCACAGUUUCGAUAUAUAUGCCAGCGCCCAAGACAAAGAAGAUCUGCUGUAUCUGAAUCUCCUCACAGGCAAAGUUGAAAUAAUAACAGGCGUGGGAAAAGCAGUGCCUGUCAAACUGACGCAGUGGAAUAAUCCAAAUCGACCAAUCAGCGGAUCAGGCCUCUUCGGUCAGUAUAUGGUCACACCUGCCAGCGAAGCCUUGUUCGUGAUAAACGGAAGAUCGAGAACUGUCAAUUGUGAAAUAGGAUCGGUAAUACAUCCUAGCGCAAUCGUCUGGACGACCGUGAAGUUCUACUAGGACCCGCCUGCUGGCAUAUAUCACUAACAUAAUUUAUUUUCUAUUAUAUAUUUGAUUCAUAACAAUCGAUAUGAGGAAACAUUCAACUCGACAUGGGAAUUUGGCAGACCAGAUUCACAAAACUCAAAACGAUUAUUCAUUGCAUCUUUUUUGAAUGUUGUGCCUAAGAUGCAUAGAAUACCUGGUGUGUGGACUGAUUCAAUUUUUUUCCAGACUUUUUCAGACCUGUUGCUUUGGUGUUCUGCUUCACCAGAGUUUGUAAGGUGGCGCUCUUCAGAAAUUUUCGAAUUCCCGCUAUCUGCUUGGUGCCGUUUAAAAAUGAAAUACUGAGUUUAGACUUUACAAACUUUCAUAAUAAAUUACAAUGCAGUUCCGAUCGAAUUUUUAAGGAAAUUAAUGGAAUAUAAUGACAGAGUAUAGAAGAUUGUUACGAGCAUAGAAUAUAAAAUAUUAUUGUUCUAUACUCGAAGGUCACGAGAGCAGAGAAUCGAGAGAAAUGUCAAAUAUAAACGAUGUAUGCGCCAUCUGAAACAGACGCGAUCCCUCGAAAUGAAGUAGGUAGAAAUCUGAAAAAUCUCCUGCUUUGUCUGAAAAUUUUAAAGGUAUCAGGAAACACACCAGGUUUUCGAUCCAUCUUAGAGAACAGAAAAAUAUCAAAAACUGGUGAUAACUCAAUUGGUUAUUGUCUGAGAGAAAACGUAAAAUAUUUAUAUGAUCUUAAAAAUCAAUUUCAAAUAUUAGAAUACCAUAAAUCAGGAAAAAUAUUGAUAUUUAUGUUGAAAAUUCCCAUAGUUGUAUGUUAUCUCUUGGGAUUUUUCUAUUGAAAUGAAAUAAUAUUGUUAAUAUUAUACUGAAGUUUUCGAUAAAUGAAUGAGUAGGAUAUGGAUGUCUAUAUUAAGCAUACCUUAAAGAAAAUCUAAAAAAUCCUGUCUAUGAAAUAUGUUAAGUAAUAGCUUAUUGCUCGAUAUAAAUUCUAUCACUCCUUAGGUUUUUGUUUAUUGGGGCUUGAAAAAAAGCUUACUCAUAAAUAUGUGAUAAACCCUCAAGGUAAUUGAAAUCAUGAAUUUUGAUCGUAUUUUGAGAAGUUCACACCGAUCUUCUCUGGAGCUAGAAUGCUGAUUAAAUAAAUGUGAGAUGGUUUUUAUAACCUUUUCAGUCACUUGACCAGCUCGAAAAUAUAUCAGAUUUACAAAAUUUAUCCAAGUUUUAAGUAAUUAUUUCAGUGGCUGAACAUCAAAGCGAUUAAAGUUAGUCAAGAAAUUACUUUGGUUAUAUUAUAAAAGAAGUGCUAUCAAUCAAUUUUUUUCACCAACAAAGUGGAAAAUUCUGGAUAUUUCUUGAAUUCGUAAUUUUCAUUCGAUCUUACACAGGGUGUUCCUUUAUGAUAUGCUGAUAUUUAAGGAGCAAUUCUUG